GACAAUACCAUAAUAGUUGAUACGCCUGGAAUUGGUGGAUCAGAAGAUCGUACUAAAAAGCUGAUGGAAUACUUACACAAUGCCGUCUCAUUUAUCUUCGUUAUUGACAUAACCAAGGCAGGUGGAAUGCAAACUGAUCGCCUUCCAAGGAUAAUGAGAUCAAUCUUUGAUCUACAAAUUGCUGAUGAAAUGCCUUGUUUUGACCCAAAAGGCGUUAUUUUCAUUACAAACAAAUGGGAUGCACUUCAAGGAACUCACGAGGAUGGAGAAGAGGAUAUAAGGACACGUACCUGGAGACAUGUAAAAACGAGCAUUAAGAGAAACUGGCCUGACGUUAAAGAGGAAAACAUUUUUCAACUUAGUCUUCUAAAUGUAAAAAAAGGAAUAUCGGAUGAUGUUGAUACAUUUAAGAAGAUCCAGGAAACCUUAGAUAACGUUAUUAGAGAAAAUGAAAAUAUAAGAAAGUUACUCGAUGAUGUUAAAAUUGACAUACAUGCAAGACUAAAAAGUGUUUCUUACUCUGAAGAGGAACAGACAUUGUCACUGGAAGAAACUCAAAAGAAAGUUAAAAAAUUGAAGGAUGACUGCGUAGAGAAGAGUAAACAGUUUCGAGACUGCUUAGAUGAACUUAUAACAAAGAUAGCUGAUGAAAACGAUCGUUUUGCAACGACAAAAAGAGGAAAGGAAACUAUAUUAAAUCCAAAAGGACACGUUCCAAUAAUAGAUACUCCUUACAGUUGGAAAAUUAAGGAAACAGUCCUAAGUAGAGUAGAUAUGUAUGUUUAUGAAAUAGCCAGGAGUCCUGAUGUUAAAGAAAAGUUCAGUUUGAUGAUGUCUGACAUUAAAGUGGCUUAUGAAGACAUGUUAUCGGAACUCUCCUAUAUGGAAAGAGAAUGGGCAGAAUUAGCUGAGCAACAGGAAAAUGAACCUAUGAAUAAUGAGACCGUCGAAAUAUAUCCAAUGUGGCUUCCUGUUGUAGUAAUUGGACUUGUUUUGGCCUUACAAAGUGGAGUUGGAGUAGAUAUUGCACCCCUCACAUCCCCAUUUCUAAUAUUUCGUGAGGGAAAUGAACAAAAACAUUCGAAAAUAGACCAGGAAUACGAAGAAUGCAUAAAAACACUACAUAGCAGCAUAUGUAAAGAACUUGAACAGUUGUAUAAGUAUAAGAUACAGAAAUCAAUUGACAAGAUCACAGAUGUCAUAGUACCCAGAAGAAUUAAAAAAUUAGAAGACAUUAUUCAAACGCUUUCCUCAAAUCGUCAGCAUAUAAUUGAAAACCAAGAACAUCUGCAGAGAUUAUCAACAAAGAUUGCACUGAUCAACAAAGAACGAGAUGAUAUUUGCAAAGUUGUCAAUGCACUGACAAAAGCAUAA